AUGGCCACAAUUACGCUAAUCACCACCGCCAACAUUCCAGAUGAUCUUAUCUCGGAACUGUCUGACAUUGGCAAACGGCGGUUUUGUCAACAAAGAUCUCGCGUUCAGGUCAUCUGCACCAAAUCAGAUCACAUGAUGUUCAACGACGAUUCGGCCAGACCCUCGUUCGUUCUUUACGUGAACGCUAUCAACUUGGACUCCCUCAUUAAGCCUGAAAAACAGGAAACUGUCCGAAUGUUUACGGAAUGUCUUACAAACUACCCAGGAUUCGAUCAAGAUAGAGGUUAUGUCCUGUUAGGAGACCCUGGGCAGAAUAAUUGGGGACUUUCGGGAGAUCUGAUUCCCGACGACCGAAAUGUGAGACAACGAGAUGUGAGACAAAAUGAUGAUGUCGUCAUUCGGUAG